AUGUCGAACGCCGAAGCCGGACCCUCUAACAACACUGCUCGAGUCCCCAAGAGCUCCCCGAUCGCCAAGAUGGCGCAGGCGAGGAGGGAGAAGGCGGCUGAGAGGGCAGCGAAGAAGGAAGCGCGAGCGCGUCGGCUCGCUCUGAACGUGGGUCGUGUUCCGGCCGAGGAUAAGGGGAAGGAGAAGGAGAAGGAGAAGGACAUGGAGGUGGAGAUGGAGGUGGUAGAUGAGGACGGCGACGAGGAGGAGAACGAAGAGCAACCCGCUCAGGGACCGUUGCCGCCGCAUCUCGAAUGGAGGUUGGGUUUCGAGAAGCCUCAACCGAAGCGGAACUGGCUGGGGGAGGUUGUGGUCCCUCAACCCAACAGCGAUGACUCGGAUGUCGAUGUUGAUGAGGCUUUCCGAGAACCGAAAAAGAGGAGUCUCAAAAUCAAGCUGAACGUACCAGAAGGACAGCCUCCCCCUCCCGCUGGAACUCCUCCCCCUUCUCCUCCCGCUUCUCCUCCCGGUGACGUCGUCAAGGACCCCCUCGGUGAUGUCGAGCAAGGCGUACACGACAUGGGGGAUAUGGGGGACAUGGGCACCCUCUCUCCUGUUCCGGACCAAGGUGACGGGGAUUUCGAGCCCGACGAUGACGAGGACGAGCUCGGAGACGUCGACGAGCUCGAAGAAGAGCCCGAACCCGUCCCCAACGACGCCAGUUGGGAGAUCGACUGCGCUAGGCUCGACGCAGCGCUUGAGGCGGCCCCCGACGCAGCCAAGAGGGCUGUUUUGGUGAAGAACUUUGAGAAGUACAAGGCUAGUAAGCUGUACUGGACGUUCCAGCGGAUGUGGACGUAUUGGUGCGGCGUACAGAAGGAUUCGACGCAUCUCUCCUUUGUCACCCGCGGUGCUGAACUUGAACGUGAACGUGAACGUAUUUGCCUGAACGUUUGA